AUGGAACGAAUGCUUCCGCUGAGAUACGGCAUUGCAUUUAACUCCCAACUUGACCAACCACACAUUAAAUUCGCCUUUCCCAUUAUCAUGUUAGCAGCCAGCCAGCUUCAGGCAACUACUGAAUCGUUCUUUCAAGCAUUCGCCUUGGAAACACCGCCUGUUGGCAUGUUAUCAUAUUUCUCACACACCUCUCCCGCCAUCGUUCAGCAUACUCCUUCUAAUUGUCCGAUCCCUCUAUCAUCAAGACUAGAGGGCAACAAUGCCAUUCGAUCCUACUUCGACCUCCUAGCUACCCAUUGGCAUCGUUCGGACGCCAAAAUCCGUAGUCCAUUACAGAUAAGCGUGGAGAAGAGACGUGUAAUUCUCCUGGCCGACGUAAUAUGGACGUGGAAAAAGAGUGGUCGGCAGUGGAUCGAGGAGUUUUCCUGGACCCUCGACUACGAUGAAAGUUACAAAAUCGUCAGCUUUGUUAUACAGACGAUAUCUAGCCCUGGAACCUGCGUGAUGCGUGCUGUCGAUGCAGAUCCCGUUGUACAUCAGAGUUUUCUUGCUCUCACACAGGGUUCUGUAAGUCUCGCGCGUCGAUUGCGCUCCCUUCACAUAUUGAUGCAUGCCUUCUCCCUCUUCAGCGUUGAUUCUCUUAAUUCUAAUUUAUUAAGAUUUUUGUGCUUCAUUUCCACACUUAAAUUUAUGCAUGGCCAGACAUUUAUAAGACAUUACGGCUUUCGUUCAUAG